UAAUAUUUUAUUUUGCAAGAUGAUAACUUCUCAAGUUACCAAGAAUUGGAUCGAUCGCAAAAAUGAAUAGAUUUAUUUUUGAAGGUAUUUCUGAAAGUAUUAAAUUACACUAGUGACUUUUUGACUUACGACACCGUUGUCAUUCGGGCGGGAAGUAAUUGCCAAAGACACCGCCUUUUUUUGUGUGUGUGUGUUUAUUGUAAUUAUAUUUUGUUUGAUAAUUAUUAUCUAAUUAAUAGGUAGACGUUGGUUUGCGUGGACAGCGUAUGGCAACUCAGUCGGUGUUCCAUCACCUCCACGAUCAAAUGUUUUGUCUCAUCACAAACUACAUCACGUCGCCAAUUUGUUGUUCACUUAUUUUACAAGACAAGGAAAAGAGGGUUUUUUUUCUUUAAUCACCAACGAAUGAGUGAAUUAAUAACUUUGCUGACCAUUCUUGGCUUUCCAGUUAACUAUCAGAUCUAAACCGACAUAUCUAUCAACCAGACUUAUGUUCCUUUAACGUCCAAAGUAAAACGGUUCUUGUUUUACAAUAAUAUGCAAUUGAGAAGAAGUUCCAAAAAGAAGAGAACAAGUAUUCAAGUUGUAAGAAGAAAAUAUAGCAACAUCGUAUAUUAAGUACACGUCUGCAGUCCAUGAUUAUGUGAAAUAACAAACUGAACCUUAACCCUUUUGUUACCAACCCAGCUGAAACCGGCUCUGGCUCUGUUGUACAAAUGUCUUGUUUCCAUAAGUUUUAAAUUGAAAUCUUCCACCAAACCUUAGUCACAAUUUAUGUUCCUAAUACAAGCUGAAUUAUUUUACAAGCUAAGUUAUUUUACUAAAUUCUUUGUUAUAUUUAAAGUAAUUGAAAGAAACACAGAACAUCUCAAAAUAAAUACAGUAACGAAAGGGUUAACAGAGAUUUCUUAUACUGGUUAAUAUUUCUCAACCUUUCAGAAUUCCUCAAGUAUCAAUUAAUUAAUACGGAAGACUUUAAUUACCGGGAUACCUGUAAUACAACUGUUCUUAACAAUGGAAAUAUAUUAACAGAGACAGAUAUUGGGGAGAAACUUUUUAUGAAUUUGUAAAUCAAAAAAAAAGCUGAACUGUAAUAAAGAUUGUACUGACCAUCAUUUCUCAACCUUCAAGAAUCCUUCGAGUAUUAAUUAAUUAAUUAAUUAAUAUGGAGGACGUUAAUUACUUGGACACUUCUAAUACAACUGUUUUUAACAAUGGAGAUACAUUAACAGAGGCAGACGGUGAUGAGAAGCCUUUACUUAGUGAAACAUUUACUAAACAGAAAUCAUCUGCCAGAAAUAUUGCUAAAUUUCGCUGUGAGAUUUGUAGGAAAAUUUUCACUUCAGAAUAUGAAGUUCUAACACACAAGGAGAUUCACAACAAGGAAAAACCAUUCCACUGUGAAGUGUGCGGCAAGUCUUUCGUCUAUAACAGUGACUUCACAAGACAUAAACGGAUUCACACGAGUGAAAGGCCCUAUCUUUGUGAAAUCUGCGGGAAAUCCUUCACGCAAAAUUCUCACCUUCUUAACCAUAUACGUAGUCACACGGGAGAGAAACUGUUCCCUUGUGAAAUAUGCGGGAAGUAUUUAGUGUCUAACAGUAGUUUAACGAAACACAUGAGAAUCCAUACCGGGGAAAAGCCAUAUCAUUGUGAAAUCUGUGCCAAGUCCUUCUCUGAUAACGCUAACCUUGUGGUCCACGUCAGAAUCCACACGGGCGAAAAACCGUUUCACUGUGAAAUGUGCGGUAAAUCUUUUACGACCAAUUCCAAACUUACGGUGCAUAAACGUUGUCAUACCGGGGAGAAACAGUUCCACUGUGAGAUAUGCGGGAAGUCUUUUAUCCAGAAUUCUAAACUGACAAUCCAUAAACGGACCCACUCUGGUGAAAAGUUGUUUCACUGUGAAAUCUGUUUGAAAUCUUUUUCUUCUAACAGCAUCUUAACGAAACAUAAGAGUUUACACUCUGGAGAAAAACGCUUCCACUGUGAAACGUGUGGCAAAUAUUUUGCUCAGAAAUCUUUUAUUAUUCACAAUUGUAGUCAGGUUGGGAAAAAACCCCUAACGUGAUGAAUCAUGUGGAUGAGUGGCUGUGUGGUAAGUAGCUUGUUUACCAACCAUAUGGUUCCGGGUUCAGUCCCACUGCAUGGCAUCUUGGGCAAGUGUCUUCUAUUAUAGCCUUGGGCCGACCAAAGCUUUGUGAGU